AUGCACGCCAGCACCAUCAUCUUCGGUCUCAUUGGCCUCGCCAGUGCCCAGACACUCAAAAUUCCCACCCGUGUUGGCAACAUUGUCUCUCUCCCUUCUCCCAGUGUGAUCAAGGGCAAUGUUGAUCUCGGCAACCGGGAGUACGACCGUGGUCGUCCCUGCAACAGCGACAAGGAUACCGGCUCCUCCAGUGCCGUGUUCGUCCUGGAGAACGGAGCUUCCCUGAGCAACGUGAUCAUUGGAAAGAACCAGCUCGAGGGCAUCCACUGCAAGGGAUCCUGCACUCUGACCAACGUCUGGUUCCGUGACGUCUGCGAGGACGCCAUUUCCAUCCUCGGAACCGGAAAUGCUCUCAUCAAGGGCGGUGGUGCCCAGGAGGCCAAGGACAAGGUUGUGCAGCACAACGGCGUCGGAACCGUCACCAUUGAUGGAUUCACCGUUGUGAACGCCGGCAAGCUGUACCGUUCAUGCGGUAACUGCAGCAACAACAAGAGCAAGAGCCCCCGCAAGGUCGUGGUCAAGAACGUCAAGGCCAACAACGUGGGUACCUUGGUUGGAAUCAACUCCAACUACGGCGAUCAGUCGUCAAUCAGCGGCGUCUGUGGAUCUGGCGUCAAGCACCUGUGCGAGGAGUUCGAGGGAGUGGAUAAGUCCGCAGGCAAGGAGAGCCCCAAGCUGAAGACGACUGCUUCCUGCAAGGGACAGACCUCUGUUUCUUCUUGCUAA